CCUGUCGCCUCGGCCCGGAUCGGGAAGUGACAAGCGGGAGUCGGGUUUCCCCGCCUUCGCCGCUACCACCGCUGAACCCGGACCCCUUACCCAGGCCCGAGCCUAGCCGCCAUGACUAACGUGUACUCCUUGGAUGGGAUUCUGGUGUUUGGUUUGCUCUUUGUUUGCACCUGUGCCUACUUCAAGAAAGUACCUCGUCUCAAAACCUGGCUGCUAUCAGAGAAGAAGGGAGUUUGGGGUGUGUUUUACAAAGCUGCUGUGAUUGGAACCAGGCUGCAUGCUGCUGUGGCAAUCGCUUGCAUCGUAAUGGCCUUUUAUGUCUUGUUUGUAAAAUGAAUUACAAAAUACCCAACUCAUCAACUGCCAACCAAGGGGACAGGGGUGAAGAACCUGUUGGAGGCCUGGACCCAGUGUAGGAGAGUUCAGCCAAAAACAUCAAUGUCCCCAAGAUGACAUCACAGCAUCUGCCCCUGCCAUAUGUGAGGAAAACUACUUGUGGUCACGGAUGUUAUUUAUGCUUUAGGGGACUCCAGAAAGCCAACUUCCUUUGAUCUGUGUGUAAAUUGGCUCUCAGCAGUGAACAUAUAAUGUCCAGUUUAAUUACACCCAUCAAUGAUAAGAUUACAUACCUCCUGCUUUUUAAAAACCUGUCACCUGGGCUAGGGUUGAGCUCAGUGGUACAAUAUUUGCUUAGCAUGUGUGAGGCCCUGGAUUCAAUUCUCAGCACUGCAAAAAAACAAAAAUAACACCAACAUGUCACCUGUUUUGUUCUUCAACCCCGCAUCAGGAUCUUUUCAAACUGAGGCUUAUAGGGAAGGACAUAGGCUGUGUUCAGACCUCUUGAAAGGAGAGAUAAUUUUCAAGACUUGACUUUUUUUCACUGUUUAAUAUGGUUUUGGCAAAUUGGGGAGGGAGGGUACCAGGUGGGAAAAAGGAGUUAUGAAAGGCCAGGAAAUUGCUUGGUUUUAGAAAAUUGUCUUUUAUCUACUUAUCUGGGAACAUGAGAGAGAGGCAUGGCUCUCAUUGCAAAAAGAGAAUAGAUGAAGUAGCUUGGUGUGUGCUGAGAGCUUGAGUUUUGCCAAGAGAAUCUGAGCUCAUAUAAAAAUCCAGAAAUUAACCAUCUGUGAUGAGACUAAAGAGCAGUGAUUAAGACAAGAAAACACUUCCUGUUCACCUGUAUUCCCCAAAAGAAGACUUUACUCAAUCAAAUGGUAUAUGAAAAAUGAAUCAGCUGUUGCUAUUUCCUAAGGCUUUUUUAUAUUUUCUAACUUAGUGCUAAAUACUGUUACUCAGUUUUAAAUGCUACCACUAGGGGAAAAAGAAACUGUUGAAGAAAUAAUUGUUUAAUAUAUUUGCAGUUAGAGGAGAAGAUAUAAAUUAGCAUAUUAAUUCAUAUACUAGUGAAUUCAUCUAGUAUAAGAAUUUAUUGUGAUAUUAUAUGGAAGUGUUCUCAUGUUAUAAAAGAUUUAUACUUAAGUCUUUGUGUUAUGGCAGUUUUUAGUUGACUACCUGUUUUCUUGGCCAACUGCAUUUUCUUUAUAUCACAGUCUUUUUCAUUGUUUCUGGAAAUUAUUUACUGGGGAAACAUGAGAAAUUCAAACGAGAAGUUGCUGAUAUUCGUUGGCAUGUUUGGACAGUUCAUAGACUCCAUUAGUGAAAUAAGAAUGUUUUCUAAAGUAAAGGAGAAUAGAACUUUACAAUUCAGAGAAAAGAGCUUUUUCAUUGACUAUGGCAAUUCCUGAGCAAAUCUUUUCAGAUGACAACAUUUUCAGGAAAGACUUUUCUGCUCCCUCCUCAUAUAUGCAGAAUCAGCUGUUGGAUUUGUGAAGCUAAGAACUUCUGUAUAUGAAAAAAAGUCUAAAACUAAAUUAUAGUAAGCAAGCAUAGAUAAAGAUCUUCCAGUUGAAUUGUCCAUUACAGCAAAACUUGACUGUGGACAAAGUUAGCUGUGGAUAUCUCCUGUAUGGCAAUAAAUUAAUUUGUCUUUUGUCUGUUUUCUAUAAAAGAUUAAAAGCUGCUAGGAAGUUUAGGUUCUACUAUAUGCAGUUUCAUGCUUUGAGGGAUCCUACAAGUACAGACAUCAUCAAGUAAACACUACAUGCCUAAUCAUCUCAGAGUUGUGGCUGUUAUCUCUUCAGGGAUUGGUCCACAGGGUAAAUUUCAGUUAUUCAUGUUUCCAAUUGUCAUUUCUGGAAUCUUUCAUAUGAGAAAGGAAUAGAAAAGAAAAGUUACAUCAUAUGGUGUGAAUUUGGAAUCUGUUGGUCAUAGGGAAUGUCUCCCUGGGAACAGGUUCAGCAUGUUUUGCACUUGUUAUUUGGUAGCUUUAAUGACUUGUUUUCUAAUAGGGCUAAUGUCUCUAAGUUUGGUGCUUAGAGCUGCUUCAUAUUUUAAACUAGUUCCAUUCCACAUUGUAGUUCAACCAAUUUUUAUAACUGCCUGGGUGGGUCAUCUUGGCCUAGACUCUUUGAGUGGUGAUAUUUUGAGAUUUUUCAUUCCAGAAUGUACCAAAAAGUGUACAAGGUGAAGAUAAUUUACAGCAAGAAACAAAUACACAGCCUAUUUCAUUUCUUGAUUUUAUAUAAACAGAAAAACAGAAACUUUAACUCAUUACUUUGGUUGAUAUGUCAUACAUUUUUGGCUAAAAAUUAUAAAAAUUGUUCCUCUGGGGAAGGCUUAGGGGUGGGGGCAUGAGGAGAGCAAUAUUGCCUCAAAUUCAACUUGGUAUCACCAUAAACCCUGUGUACCAGGGUAGAAUGAAGUCAGCUCCUUUUUAUAGUUGAAAUACAGUUUUUUUAUUCAUCAAUAUCUGCACAAAUCCUUGAAAAUAAAAUUUCUUUCCCUACAA